GAGGGUGACAAUGAGCUAUCAACAUAGCGACCAGUAGCAAGCAUUUUUAAAAUGGUCGAGUUCCCGAUAACCUAUGGCAUAUGUAUAACUUAAGAAUGGUCGGGAAGACAAUGACUGGAAGGACAUGGCUUGUAUUUCCGCGUUUUGUGAUAUCGUUAGUUUUAAACGUUGUUUACAUUUGAUUUUGGUAGGCUAUCAUAUUUCACACUUCGGUGUAAUUUAGAUUUGCGUAGAGCAGCUACAUAAAGAUUGCUACAAUGUUUCGCAGCCCAGUGCAUGCUGGGAACGUGCUGGGGACACAAAUACACUGGUAUUCUGUCAAGUUCACCCAGUUGACAUGGCGCUAACACGCUUCGAACGGUUCCAAGCAUGGAUUCUACGCACUUUUAAGAAAGUGCUCCUCGUCCUCUAUCAGCUGCUCGCAUCUCGACCGUCCGAUGGAUCUUCCAAAAAACUUGCACCGAUCACCAAUCCUCUCUUAAUGGUCUCUGGCAUACAGCUGGCUCAGAAGAUACGCCUUAGAGAGGUGACUUGCGUAGAGGUGGUACAGGCAUACAUCGAUAGGAUCGAGGAAGUCAAUCCUCUGAUCAACGCUAUUGUCAAGGAUAGGUUCUCCGCUGCCUUGCAAGAAGCUGCCCAAGUGGACAGGCUGAUUGAUGAGGAGGAGGGGGGUGAGGAUGUCCUGAAGGACAGACUGCCUUUGCUCGGUGUUCCAUUCACCGUCAAAGCGGCCUUCGCUCUACAAGGCAUGCCCUAUUCUGCUGGUCUGGUGUCCAGGAAAGGGGUCAUUUCGGGAGUGGAUGCUCCCCCCUUGGCUCUGCUGAAGAGGGCAGGUGCAAUCCCACUGGGCAUCACAAACUGCAGCGAGCUCUGCAUGUGGUUCGAGUCCCAUAACCGGCUCUUCGGAAUCACCAGAAACCCCUACGACAUGGACCGGAUUGUCGGGGGCAGCACUGGUGGAGAGGCCUGUAUUUUGGCGAGUGGGGGAUCUGUUAUAGGGGUCGGUUCGGAUAUCGGGGGUAGUAUCCGCAUGCCUGCCUUCUUCAAUGGCAUCUUCGGACAUAAAACCUCCCCAGGCAUCGUCUCUAAUGACGGUCAGUUCCCUCCAAGCUCUGGGCUGGAAGAUGAUUACCUGUCUACUGGGCCCAUGUGCCGCUAUGCUGAGGAUCUGCUGCCCAUGCUUCAGAUAAUGGCUGGGCCCAAUGCUCAAAGGCUGUCCCUGUCGUCAGAAGUGGACCUCAGGAAGCUGCGUUUCUUCUCCGUGCCCCACGAUGGUGGCUCCGUGCUCGUUUCCCCCGUGGACAGGGAGCUGCUCCAGAUCCAGAGGAGGGUGGUGGAACAUCUGGAGGCUGACCUGGGGGUCAAAGUUCAAGAGCUGCGUUUUCCUCAGCUGAAAUACUCUUUUCAGAUUUGGAGCACCUUUAUGAAUUUGCCAGACAAAGACGGCAAGCCCCCCACGCCCUUUGUGGACCACAUGGCUGACCACGGAAAGAAGGUGUGGCCUCUGUGGGAGAUGGUGAAGUCCUUCCUGGGACUGUCCUCCCACACCGUGGCAGCCAUUGGACUGGCUCUGAUGGAGAUGGUGGAAAGCAGUGAACCCGACCCGUUUAUCCUGAAGCAGAAGGAAGAGUUCCAGAAGGAGCUGGAGGAGGUGCUAGGGACGGAUGGCGUGCUGCUAUACCCCUCACACCCUCUCAUCGCUCCCAAACACCAUCACCCUAUUUUUACCCCUUUCAACUUCGCCUACACAGGGAUCUUCAACAUCCUGGGCCUACCGGUCACACAGUGUCCCCUGGGCCUGAGCCAGGGGGGACUCCCCUUGGGGGUGCAGGUUGUCUCUGGAAAGUACCUUGACCGGCAGACCCUGGCCACUGCGCUGUAUCUGGAGAAAGCCUUCGGGGGUUGGAGGGAUCCUGGCUCCUCCUCCUGAGCUCUGCCAGACCCACCCCCCAGCCUUGGUGACAGCUCAAAACGAAAAACGCUUCCUCCUGCUUUGGAGCUGUCACAUAGGGAAAGCCAAGAGUGCCAAAAUGUCUUAGAAAAUGUCAAUACAGAAUUAUUGCUUGCCUCAACACGCCUAAAAAAACCUAAGCCACUAGCAAUGCAGGAAUUGUGUGUAGCUUAGCAUAUUGCAUUAAGGCAUGCAUCACCGCUACAUUUCUUGAGCACAUUGAUAUGUUAUAUUCAUAAGAUUUUGGUGUACCCCUUAACAUAAGGUAUGCUUAGCCUUCCGUAUAUUAUAUUGACGUGGUGAAACAUUCAUUCUAUUCUUCUGUUCAGUCUUCCUGUGUUUACACAGGAAUAUUUGCCAUGUGAACACAUCAAAAAUAACUGAGACACAUUUUUAAAGACAUUUUGGCACCAUUCCUUUAUCAUAGUCAAGGGCCCGGAACACACUUUCCCAACUGUAGAUCCUUGGCUCGAUGACAUCACCCAUCCAGUCCACAUCCUAAACUCUUCCUGCACCCCAAAACUGCAUCACCCAGGAAACCACAUCUCUUGGCUGAAUGUAUACUGAAGACAGCUGCAAGCCAGGCAUCACAAAUAUGAACUGUAACAAUGUAAUGUUAUGCAGGGAAAUGAAUGUAAUCCUACCUAGUGGACAAUCAUAAAACUUGUAUUGAUGCGCUUCACAAACUCGGGAUUCAAGAAGAGCCUCUAAGCCUUACAUAACUGUAUCGGUCAUUCAAUGGAUGAUUCCAUUGGCACGCCUUUUGUUGAUUAUUUAAUAUUUCAGUCAAACUAUAGUUGAGUUGAGAUAUCCUCUUCAAUGAAUUGCUCGAAAAUAGCCUUGCCAUGGCUUUGCUUCAUUUUUUCUAAAAAUACAUUAUAAUGACAUUAGAAUUCCGGUAUCAAAUAGGAAUUAAAUCAAUGUUGCUAUUGCUAAUAGGAAGUGAAAAGGAAGGGAAGUUAUACAUGGAAAAUGAUUCAUAGGAAAUCGGAACAGAAACAUGGGAAAGG